UAAUAACAGUGUGUACAGUAAUAACAAUAUAAGUUUCUUUUUAUAUAAACAUAUUUUCAAUCAUCUAGCUGGUUAUUUAAAUGGCGCAAUUUGGCAUUACAGCAUCGUUAAUUAAUAUUAUUUCUUAUUUAAUAUUUAUGUCGACUGACUGGCUGAAUUGUAUCGGUUUAUCGAUAUAACUCAGGAUAAAAUAUUGUAGGCCACCUGUAUGUUUAGAAUAUCGAUCGUAGCAGUUGAUCAUCCCUAGUGGAUGUUUUGUUUGAGAGUUCAAUUUGACGAUUUUUGAGUGAGAUGAUUCAUUCGGACUUGGAUUUAAGUGCUUUUAUCUAAAGUUUAAUUUAAUUUUAGUUGUUGCAUUUAUUUCUCAAAAUGGAUUCAUCACGUCGAAAUAAUACAGAUGAUCAAAGGUGUAUAAUCGGUUUACAAGAUUUAAAAAUAUCCAAUAAAGUUGAAGAUGUUACUGAGCAAGCGCACGGCGCCGUAACAUCGAACACAAGUUCUCUCGCCAAAACUCGGCCUGUAGGCGCAAUAGAGAGCUUUGUACUGGACAAUAGCCAAAACAAUCGUCAAGAUUACAGUUUUUAUGAACGAUCCAAUGUUAUUGCUGCUUCAAAGUUUGCUACGCCUAAACGAGUUGAGACUAUUGCGUCGAUCAAUAAACGCGAUAUAAACACCGCAGCUUUGCCAUCCAGUCCUACACGAUCCAUCGAUUCUUUAUCGCAAAGGUCACUAAGUUAUCAAACAGACGACCUAUACGAAAUUCCAGCCAUUCCAAAUGCUCAAUAUCCACCACCAGUUUAUGAAAACAUAGAUUAUUACGGAGAGCAACGAUCGCCGCAGCCGCCCUACUACCAUCAGCUGUAUCAGCAGGCGCCGCCGCCCCCCGUGUCCGACGGCUACUACGAUACUCGCUACAGUAAAGCUCAACCCCAAGUGCCAGUUAAUUCGAAGACUAAAGUUAAUCCACUAGUUUAUGAAAACAUGUUGUGUUCCGAUAAUGAUAAGAAAAGUGAAUUUAAACCUCAACAAAACCACGAUCAGCGUUUUAUACAGCAGGGGUCAGUUCCUGGGCCACAAGUGCCUAAUACAGGUGUCAGCAGGAACAUGGCACAGAUGUUAACAUGUGACAAAGUAAAAAUAGACAAAGCUCCUCCUCCUCCUCCAUACAACCCCUCACAUGAAAACCCAGGCAGUGAUUACACAGUGAUGAAGUCUGCUCCACCCAAGUACACUGAUGUGAGUGCCCUGCUCAAGAAUGACAACACUAUUAGUUUUGAUGAUAAAAUUGUGACUAUACCAUCUACAGCAAUAUAUGCAUCUAUAGCCCCAAGUGCCCAAAGGCCCAAAGCCAACAUUGCCACUGAAGUGCAAACAGCAACAGCAAGUCCUAAAUUCUUUCAUCCUAAACCAAACAUUGGGAAUAGCAUUGCGAAAGAAAAACCAUUAAUUAAUGGUGGGUUUAAUUCAAAGCCUGCAGUUGGUAGCAGGAUGCAGAUAGUAGAAGAUACUAAUGGUUCAGACUAUGUGUGCAUGACGGGUGGAUCUCCUGCCGCAGCAGUGGCAGCAGCUAACAGAGACAAUGUGUCUAUUGCCUCUGAAUCUAUUGCCUCUAGGAAUUUAGUAUCAGGAUUGACUUCAUUGUGUUCUCCUGCUCAGUCCCCAGCACCUAGUCCUACUCCAAGCUCUGUGUCUCAAGUGUCCGGAGGAUCUCGGGGCUCUGGUGGGCGAGGUAAAAGCUUAUUGCCAUACAGCAUCACACCUCCACGUCCACCAGGUCCCAGUGAGGCUCAACGUAAAAUAGAAGAACUUACUAGACAACUUGAAGAGGAAAUGGAAAGGCAGGAUGAAGAGGGGGAAUAUUUUGGCAUUUGCCACACAUGUGGUGCCGGGGUCACUGGGGCGGGUCAAGCCUGCCAGGCCAUGGGCAACCUCUACCACACCAACUGUUUCAUUUGCUGCUCUUGUGGCCGUGCUCUACGGGGCAAAGCUUUCUACAAUGUUCAUGGCAAGGUGUACUGUGAGGAAGACUACUUGUACUCUGGAUUCCAACAAACUGCUGAAAAGUGUGCAAUAUGUGGCCACUUAAUCAUGGAAAUGAUUCUGCAAGCAAUGGGAAAGUCAUACCACCCAGGUUGUUUCCGCUGUUGUGUAUGCAAUGAGUGCCUGGAUGGGGUGCCGUUCACUGUGGACGUUGACAACAAGAUUUACUGUGUCAAUGACUAUCAUCGCAUGUUUGCUCCAAAAUGUGCCAGUUGUGGAAAAGGCAUAACACCAGUUGAAGGCACAGAUGAAACAGUGAGGGUCGUGUCAAUGGACCGUGACUUCCAUGUAGACUGCUAUAUGUGUUGCGUUUGUGGAAUGCAACUGACUGACGAACCUGACAAACGCUGCUACCCUCUAGCUGGUAAACUAAUGUGUCGCGCUUGUCACUUGGCUACAAUCGGAGCAGCGUCGGGACCAGGGCUCUCGCCAGCGCCUCAUCUCUCCCCCGCUUCCUACCAGUAUAUGGGCUGAACAUCAAUGUUUUGUCUUUGUCUAGAGUUAAACAAUUUUUUUACGUCAGUGUAAUCAUCAGACAGGCUAAUAUUUCUACUGUUUUCUAGUAUCUGCUCAAAAACAAUUUUGUAUAGCUAAUAUUGCAUCAUUUAGUAUUAAAUGUAAUUAGCUUUAACAUACAUAACAUUAAGUUAUGAUAAACUCAAGUAAUCCAAUUGAAACUGUUGUUACUAUCAAUAUGAUUCAAGUUCAAUGUGAUUAAAUGUCAUAAACAUUGGAACAGAAAUGGAGAUGAAAAUUGAAUAAUGAUAUAAUAAGUAGUUAUUUGUUAUAAGUAAGCAAAAUGUAUGGUUACAUUUUAAGAGCAAACUAUGUUAUAGCAACAAAUAAUAAUUAGGAAAUUAAUGAAUGUGAUUUUUAUUAGCCAAGAACAGGUUUGCCUAUUCUAUUUGUGAUAUUCAAUAUCUUUAUUUGUAAAAUGAUACUGUUUCAAUAAUUAUGAGAUACCUGUCAACGGAAUUGAUUUUGUAAGACAUGAUACUUUUACGAAGGAAUUGGUUCUAAUUAGGUAAUUAAGUUUAAAAGGAAUUUUUUUAUCUAUGUUAUCAUACAUGGUUAUGGUACAAGGAAUAGAUUUAAAACCCCCAAGUAUUAUGGCUGCUAGUUAAUUUGCCAUUGAUGUGAAAUGCAUUUAUUAAUUUUACACACUGGACAGGACAGCACUCCUGGUUGGUGUGUAUUAUAUAUUAUACAAAAUCCCCAAUAUUGACAAGUAUAAUUUGGUCACAAUUUUAGAAAUAUUUUAUGAUGGAAGGCUUAAUUGAACAUUCCAGUAAUGUGCUGUCUUGUUUUGUACUUAAUAUAACUAGGAUAGGCUGUUUUUAUAUGUAAAUUUUGAUGAAAAAUUAUGUGAUUAUUAUGUAACUAGCUAUUUUACAUUUAAUAAACAUGACUAUGUGUUAUGUAGUUCUUUUUAUAUUUAAAUAUGAAAUAAAUAUUACAAAAUUUUAAA